AUAAUCACUGUUUACCGAUAUGCGCAAACAGGACGUUUGUUGUAUUUGUUCUUCGACCAUUUUGGCCACAGAGGGCGCUAUAUUUUAAACAAGCGUUUCAACCCCCAAUGACGACGCACAACUGUCGCACCAGUUGCAGAGAUAAGAUAAAUCUUGAUCGCACAAAUGACUAAACGAAGAGCAGAGAACAUUUUGCCUCCUGAAAUUCCUCAUAAAGUAUGUUUUCAUUCCCUUUCCAUCAUCGACAAUGCGGUCGGAGGAGUGGAUAUGGUUCGAAACGCUAAUGCAUCAUUUGUAUCAUUCGUUGGACAGCGGAGCAGAAAAAGGCCAAACUUUACCGAGGACCAAGACUCACCGGAUACAGACAACUUGCCGAGAAAAGUGCCUGCAAACAUAGUUAAUGCAGUGAUGGCAGAUAAGAACACGUCCAAGUCUAGAAAUUUCGAGCAUCCUGGCAGAGCUGUCGCGCGGCAAUCAUCACGCACGCUGGAGUUCGAGGCUAAUAAAAAGCCAGAGGAAAAUAAUAAACACACGGCAGUGGACAAGGUGAUGCGCACAGAUGAGGACCAUUCUGCUUUCAAUUCCUUCCAGUUCUGGCGGGUUCCACUACCUGAGCUGGAUCUUUCUCUCCUCGAGACUGAAUCCUCAGAUGGGCCAAAUGCAACCUUUUCUGCCAAAGCCUUGGAAGCGAUGGAAACCUGAGAAGGUUGCCAAUGCACAAUAACUGGUUUAUUCAUGAUCAGAUGUUGUGUAGGUGUUAUGACCUGACCUUGCUUGACUACACAAUCAUUGGUUUAUGAUUAGGUGGUUAAACCCAAGUCUGCACUGGAUGGGUGUCUUUGCACAAAGCCUUCUGCUGUGUACUGUGUGGAGACCUCCAGCAGAGGGAUUAAUUUUAAAACAUGGGAACACAUAAAGGCCACAUAUUUCAAGUGUUAAGAAGAGUGAAGGCAUGUAGUAAUUGUGCAUUUUUAUGACACAAAGCCUUUCUUUAGUAGCUUGGACUAGGCCAGCUUUCUGUGGUUAAGCAUGGUCUUGUUUAUGGUGUUCAGUAGGUAUAAGCCACUUUUCUUCACUGUUAAAAAUAUUUUUUGGUUUUAAACUUUAGAGCUUUGGUCCUUUUCUCUGAGGAACCAUAUUAUUUUGAAGCAGCUACAAUUUGUAAGAUGGACACUUGUGGGUUUUUGUGUCUGGGCUUCAGAACUUUGGGGGAACCAGUGUUCUAGUUUUGAUAUUUUGGAAAUUGCUGAAGAGCAAUACAACUUUUUUUUUUUUUUAUGUGAUAUUUGCUUGCAUUGUCUUCAUGACUUUACUACACAGGUCAUAACCUUAUUUUGACUUUUUUUCUUCAAAUAAAGCUUUAAAAAAGCAUGUUUCUUAA